CCUGGAACAAGAAACAACAACAACAACAGUGUCGGUAAAGAACUGGAGAUGAAAUAUGACGUGGUGUGUGAAGAAAAUAAGGAAAACCAAGGGAUGGAAGUCAGUAGGGAUCAGAAACUGUUUGGUUCUUCAAAAUAUCUUCUUUUGUCUUCCAAAGAAAUAAAUUCAGACAGGUAACAACUUGAAGGUGAGUUAAAGAUGAAAAAAUGUUUAUAUUUGGGUGAACUAUCCCUUUAUUCCUGGUGCACUGUUUUCAUCCUAUUCAUUUGUUUUUAUUCCUGUUAAUUGUUGUCACAGCUCACUUACUUUUCAGCUAUUAGUAAAUAACUUUAUUUUUACUCUAAUAAAUAGCAAAUCUUUCAUAACUAUCAUUAGUGUAAUCAUCACGGACAUGGAGACGCAACUAAUUCACUUUUAUCUUUUUUUUAUGUAUAGUUCAGCUGUUGAUUAUUUGUGAGAUCAUAUCUUUAUGCCUGUUUAUACUUUUCUCUCAUAUCAACAACUGGUCUGUCAUAAGCAGAUACUGAUAUAUCUGAUAUUUAGAAAAAGGUGGGUUUUUUUGUUUGUUUGCUUUUUUGAGUAAAUCAUAAUUUAUAGCUGUAUGGCACAUGCUUCAGGCUAGCUAGACCUGAAUGCAGUCAUUUAUUAUAGCCAACCUAAUAGCAAUGCUGUGAAAUUCUUCGGCCCGAUUGUCAAAAAUGAUUCUGAAAAGCAACAUUGUUGUGAGGACAGGACAUGCUUUAGAGACGAUCCACACAGCACAGCAGUUCGAAGAGCACAUGAAUGAGGUAUUCGGCUGCUUGACUCCGAAAGACAGUGACCGUGAGAGCAUGUUCAUGAUGGGACUACCAUGGCUGCUAGUUUUGGAGCUUGUCCUUUACGCUGGUUGUUUCAUCUGUGGAGUGAUAGCUGCCGCCUGGAUGACACUCACUCAGGGUCACUUUGAUGGACGGUGCAUCCUUUAUGGAAGUGUUCAUUAUAAUGCAUCUGGCCAGGCUCUGAUCGUAGAAGGUUCCAGUUCUCCUUCCGUCUGCUAUUUUGUAUCAGCCAUCGCUGUGUGCAUGGCUAUUUAUUGCUUUUCCCUUAUUCUUUACUGGAUCUAUGCCAGCUGUUUAGAUGAGGAUGUGAGAAGGGGGGCUUUUUCUCUCAACGCCUCUCUGGGAGUCUGUGGUCUUCUUCUGUUUUUUCUCUUGGUAUCAGGAUGUAUUCUCAAGAUCGGUCGGGACAGCCUGUGUUUCUCUGUCCUUCAUAACACUCCCUCCAUUACCAGUUGUGAAGAUGCAGAAAAUAAGACAUGGGCCCACCCGUACACUGGAAAUCAGUUCUACACAGGACUGUACAGUACUGAGAGAUCUAUGUGGGUAAGCUUCUUCUUCUGGGUGUUAAUAACGGCCGUGGUGGUCAUACAGAAACGCCAGAGCUCAAGGUUGAAGGUUUGGGGCGAUGAUGAGUGGAGCCGUGCUGAGACAGAGCCCUUCCUCCAUCGCCCGUCCCGCCAGAGAUAAAUCACCAGAGGUCACUAUUACAUGAGCUUAUGUAGUGUUUAGUACAUACCCUUAGAUGGGACCACAAGUAGUUAUGAAAUAUCGUAUAAUAUUUUCCUUGCAACAUUUGAAUUUUUAUUUAGUUAUUCACAUAAACAGUUAUUUGAUGUAUGAUAGCUAAUUACAUACACAAAGUAUAAAUAUGUCCAAAGACGUCUAAGACCAUGUCUUUGGACAUGACAGAUAUAAGAAAAAUACGAAAUGCUAAUAUACAGUCAACCAACCAUUAUUGCAAAAUAAAGUAAUCAAGACCUCAAAACAAAGAGGAGAGUUCCUGCUUACUACAAGGAUAUUUAGUCCAUUAUAAAUAAUAAAUAAAUGAAUGGACACAGUAUUGUAAUCAGAGUUUAAAUAAUUUUAUAUUAUAAUUAUCUUAAUUAUAGUAUAUUGGCUAUGUAAAUUAUAUAUAUUACUGACACUUUCAGCAAUAACAGUACUUUUCUACAUGUUGCACUUAAAGGGAUAGUUCAACCAAAAAUGAAAAUUCUGUCAUUACUCAUCCUACAGUCGUUUCAAACAGCCCAGAAAGAUAGUAAGAACUAAGGCAAAGGUAGUUCUUUGCAACCAAAAAGUAUUCUCAUAGCUUCAUAAAAGGUAUUACGAGUUUGUAACAAAAUGAGGGUGAGUAAUUAAUGACAAAAUUACUAUCCCUUUAACGUCUUAAAAUAAGAGCUAAAUGUGAAGAUGGGAAUGGGGAUCUGUAUUUUGUAUCCAUAUUUAUGUUACUGUCUUUCAAGAUUGUGAAACGUUGUGCUUGUGUGCUUAGUGUAAAAUAUUAAUUCUUUACAAAUGUGUGCUGUGGAUUGUUUAGAGAAUUAAAUUAAAAAUGUCAAUAAGUG